CUCAACAGACAACCGAGAUACCACUUGCAAAUCUGAGAGAGUCAAUAUAACAAAGCGGAAGAAGAAAAACAGAACCGAGACUCCUCAACAGACAGAGAGGCGUAGCAGUGGUCAUCUUGCUUUCUCUCUCCUCUCUGAGCAGCAAUCUUCUUUCUCAAUCUUGUUCAGUUCAAUUCAAUUCAAUUCAAUAGGAAACACAAUCCGAUCUCUGUUCUGUGAUCGCUUGAAUCUCAGAGGAGUGAACUGGGUGAUAUUGCACCGACGCGAAGCCUUCAGAGGACCAAUUGGCCUGGCCUCUAGGGUUUAGGGUUUGGAGACCAGAUUUGGAGUUCGGAGAUUGCGAUUUUGCUGGAUAGAUUUAUGUGUAUGUAGGUUGAGGUAGCAAUCAUGCUUUCGAGUCAUCUCCAGAACGGGAUGGAGACGGCGAAGUUGGUGUGGUCUCGGCUGCCAAACUCGGAGGACGAGGUUGAGAUCGACGGGCUUGGCCGCUCGAAGAACAGUGACGGGAGCGAGGUCGAGAGCCUCGACUAUGAAGUUAUUGAGAAUUAUGCCUACAGGGAAGAACAGUCACAGAGAGGAAAGCUUUACGUCGGGUAUUAUGUGGUAGUGAAGUGGUUCUUCGCUUUGCUCAUCGGGAUAGGCACUGGAUUAGCUGCCGUCUUCAUUAACAUGUCUGUUGAAAAUUUUGCUGGAUGGAAGUUCUCGUUGACUUUUGCUAUAAUUCAGAAGUCAUACUUUGCUGGAUUUAUAGUGUAUGUAUUGAUCAACUUGGUCUUAGUCUUCUCCUCUGUAUAUAUUAUCACACAAUUUGCCCCAGCAGCAGCAGGAUCUGGUAUUCCUGAAAUUAAAGGGUACUUGAAUGGAGUUGAUACCCAUGGUAUCCUUCUUUUCAGAACCUUGAUUGGAAAGAUAUUUGGCAGCAUUGGAUCUGUAGGAGGCGGUCUGGCCCUUGGCAAGGAAGGCCCUCUUGUUCACACCGGUGCCUGCAUUGCUUCACUCCUUGGACAAGGUGGAUCAACAAAAUAUCAUCUAAGUUCCAAGUGGCUACAGUUUUUCAAAAGUGACCGCGAUCGCCGUGAUCUUGUAACAUGUGGAUGUGCAGCUGGAGUUGCUGCUGCUUUUAGAGCUCCGGUUGGCGGUGUAUUAUUUGCACUGGAAGAAGUUACAUCGUGGUGGAGGAGUCAACUUAUGUGGCGUGUUUUUUUCACAUCUGCCAUUGUGGCUGUUGUGGUGCGGACUGCAAUGGGAUGGUGUAAGAGUGGGAAAUGUGGACAUUUUGGCGCUGGUGGCUUCAUAAUAUGGGACAUCUCAGAUGGUCAAGAGGAUUACUCAUUUGAGGAGUUAUUGCCAAUGGCAGUUAUUGGUGUUGUAGGGGGACUUCUUGGAGCCUUAUUCAAUCAGCUUACUCUUUAUAUUACUUAUUGGCGUCGAAAUUAUUUGCACAAGAAAGGAAGCCGGGUUAAAAUUAUUGAGGCAUGUCUUAUCUCCUUGAUAACAUCAGUGAUUUCCUUUGGGUUACCCCUUUUUAGAAAAUGCAGUCCCUGCCCUGAAUCUGAUCCUAGUUCUGGUAUUGAAUGCCCCCGUCCUCCUGGAAUGUAUGGGAAUUAUGUAAACUUUUUCUGUGCUAAGGACAAUGAAUACAAUGAUCUUGCAACUAUCUUCUUCAAUACUCAGGAUGAUGCCAUACGGAAUUUGUUUAGUGCAAAGACAAUUCAUGAAUAUAGUGCCCAAAGCCUGCUUACCUUUUUGGUCAUGUUCUAUACCUUAGCAGUGGUGACAUUUGGAACUGCUGUUCCAGCUGGUCAGUUUGUUCCUGGAAUUAUGAUUGGAUCAACAUAUGGGCGUCUUGUUGGCAUGUUUGUUGUCAGCUUUUACAAGAAACUUAACAUCGAAGAAGGAACAUAUGCUUUGCUAGGAGCGGCUUCCUUCCUUGGAGGUUCGAUGCGGAUGACGGUCUCACUUUGUGUUAUAAUGGUUGAAAUUACAAAUAACUUGAAGCUUUUACCUCUAAUCAUGCUUGUUCUCCUUAUUUCAAAGGCUGUUGGUGAUGCCUUCAAUGAAGGUAUAUACGAAGAACAGGCUCGUUUGAAGGGCAUACCAUUACUUGAAUCAAGGCCUAAAUACAAAAUGCGGAAAAUGACAGCAAAGGAUGCAUGUGCAAAUCAAAGGGUUGUCUUCUUCCCUCGUGUCAUUAAAGUUGCAGAUGUAGUGUCCAUUUUAAGAAGCAAUAAUCACAAUGGCUUCCCUGUGAUAGAGCACACAAGAAGUGGAGAAACACUUGUUAUUGGGCUCAUGCUUCGCAGUCAUUUAUUGGUACUUCUGCAAUCUAAGGUAGAUUUUCAGCAUAGUCCUUUGCCCAGUGAUUCCAGAGGCAGUUCUUUGCCAAUCAGGCAUAAUUUCAGCGAAUUUGUGAAACCCGCUUCAAGUAAAGGAUUGUCCAUUAAUGAUAUACAUCUCAGUCCCGAUGACUUGGAAAUGUACAUUGAUCUUGCAGCUUUUGUUAACCCCUCCCCAUACAUUGUUCCUGAAGAUAUGUCUUUAACAAAGGUUUAUAAUCUUUUCCGUCAACUCGGACUGAGGCAUACAUUUGUUGUUCCACGUGCAUCUCGUGUAAUUGGAAUGAUUACGAGGAAAGAUUUGUUAAUUGAGGAUAACGAGGAUUCAUUGACAAUGGAGCUCCAAUCAACUAGUGUAAGAGAUCGGCAACGUAGAAUGAGACCAUCCACAAGGAAUAACGAUGCAGACCUCCCGUUACUAAAUGGUCUUCUGGGUCAAGAUAAUUCCUCCAGUCGACUUGCCACCUAACGCUACCUUGACGACGCCAUUUCUCCAACUGCUUCCACAUUUCGUUUUGUUAGUGAAAAUCUGAUUCUUUAUUUGUACCCACCCCACCCCCCCAAAAAAAAAAAAAAAUUGUAGUUAGGGUAUAGCUGUUCUUAGUUGUUUUAGGGUAUAGUUUUUCUUAGGUGUUACGGUGAAUUGCAACCUUGAAUUUUGUACAAACGCAUCAAAGGAAAAUGGUUACACUAACUCAGAAAGAGCAUGCGAGGGAGGAAAAUGAUGUCUUUGAUUCUGCAA